AUGCCACGUGCGCGCGUACCCGCCGCUGAUCGCCCCGAUGGCGCGCCGCGCAUGGUGGUGGUGGUGGUGUCGUCGGAGCGCCGCGGGCAAGGCGUGGCGCAGAGGGGUGCGGGGCGAGAGGUGGGCGACGGGGGAAGCGCGGAAGGAGGCGACGCGCGGGAGCGGGGAGGUGGCGGAGAGAACGCCGCGCGGGGAGCGUUAGCGGGGGACGACGCCACGGAUGGGGGAGCUGGGGGCGAGUGGGGCGAAAGGGGCAAGAGGAGAGAGGGGGGAGAAAGGGGAGAGGAGGCAGGCGAGGCUAGGAGAGCGGAGAUGGAGGGGGAAGCGCGGCUCUUGCUCAGCAUCGAGCGAUCCAUGUAUGGCGGUGGGGAUGGCGGGCACGGAUCAUGCACGCACACGCAUGCACUGCUCCCAUGCGCAGUGAGAGUGCCGGUGCCACAGAAUGGUGGGAGGCUUCUAGCGCAGUCGAGCACGUACUUCGCAACACUACUCUCAUCAUUCCGAGAGGCGUCCCUACCAGUGCAGCACAUCCACUGGGACCCCCACCUCUUCGCACACCUCCUCCCGCACCUCCUGCCCGCCCUGCCCCGCCCCGCCCUCACUGCGUCGCACAUCCCCGGCCUGCUCGCGGUAAGCCCGCAUACUGCUGCACGCACGCUCUCAUGUGCCUGUGGGGGGUUGUGUGCGGUGUACUUCGGGGUGCCAUCAGCAGUGCGCGCUGCCAGCCGCUGGGCGCAUACCUACUGCUGCACAGGGGGGAGACGGGGGGAGGGCCCGAUGACAGGAAGACUCAGCGCAGGCGCAGGAGGGUUUGUUACGAGAAGGAAGAGUGGCGAGGGAGGGAGAGGAGAAACAAGGGGCAGGCGUGCAGGCGAGAGUGGGUGUCUAUGGGUGUGCUUCCCUGCGCCUGUAUCGGACGUGCAGUGGCUGGCUGCCACGUGGAGCGCUGCACGCGAUGCAGGUGACCCGCCCCUGGCACGCCCUCUCCUGUCCUGUCUGUCCUGGGCCAUGCUCCCUCAACUCCUCUGCUACUCUGCUGCCCUCCCUCCCCCCUCCGCGACGUCCAUUCCUGCUCCUAUCCUCUCAUGGUAUCCGCACUCAUCAUCUCUCCCCUCCUCCUCCUCGCCUCUCUUAUUCCCUUCUUUGUGCAUGCACAUUCGGCGCCUGUGUGCCAUCGUCACAGCAGUGGAGAUGGUGAGUGCACCGCACCACUCCCACACCCCGCCAACCACCACUGCCACCUGCACCGCACGCUCAUACGCUGCACCGCACGCACAUACGCUGCACCGCACGCUCAUACGCUGCACCGCCCGCUCAUACGCUGCACCCCCCGCUCAUACGCUGCACCGCCCGCUCAUACGCUGCACCGCCCGCUCAUACGCUGCACCGCACGCACAUACGCUGCACCGCCCGCUCAUACGCUGCACCGCACGCUCAUAUGCUGCACCGCACGCUCAUAUGCUGCACCGCCCGCUCAUACGCUGCACCGCCCGCUCAUACGCUGCACCGCCCGCUCAUACGCUGCACCGCCCGCUCAUACGCUGCACCGCCCGCUCAUAUACGCUGCACCGCCCGCCCAUACGCUCCACCGCCCGCCCAUACGCUGCACUGCCCGCUCAUAAGCUGCACCGCCCGCUCAUACGCUGCACCGCCCGCUCAUACGCUGCACCGCCCGCUCAUACGCUGCACUGCACGCUCAUACGCUGCACCGCCCGCUCAUACGCUGCACCGCCCGCUCAUACGCUGCACCGCCCGCUCAUAUGCUGCACUGCCCGCUCAUACGCUGCACCGCCCACUCAUACGCUGCACCACACGCUCAUACGCUGCACCGCCCGCUCAUACGCUGCACCGCCCGCUCAUACGCUGCACCGCCCGCUCAUACGCUGCACCGCCCGCUCAUACGCUGCACCACACGCUCAUACGCUGCACCGCCCGCUCAUACGCUGCACCGCACGCUCAUACGCUGCACCGCCCGCUCAUACGCUGCACCGCCCGCUCAUACGCUGCACCGCCCGCUCAUAUGCUGCACCGCCCGCUCAUACGCUGCACCGCCCGCUCAUACGCUGCACCACACGCUCAUACGCUGCACCGCACGCUCAUACGCUGCACCGCCCGCUCAUACGCUGCACCGCCCGCUCAUAUGCCGCACCGCCCGCUCAUACGCUGCACCGCCCGCCCAUACGCUGCACCGCCCGCUCAUACGCUCCACCGCCUGCCCAUACGCUGCACCGCCCGCUCAUAAGCUGCACCGCCCGCUCAUACGCUGCACCGCACGCUCAUACGCUGCACCGCCCGCUCAUACGCUGCACCGCCCGCUCAUACGCUGCACCGCCCGCUCAUACGCUGCACCGCCCGCCCAUACGCUGCACCGCCCGCUCAUACGCUCCACCGCCCGCCCAUACACUGCACCGCCCGCUCAUACGCUGCACCGCACGCUCAUACGCUGCACCGCCCGCUCAUACGCUGCACCGCCCGCUCAUGCGCCCCACCGCCCGCCCAUACGCUGCACCGCCCGCUCAUAAGCUGCACCGCCCGCUCAUACGCUGCACCGCCCGCCCAUACGCUGCACCGCCCGCUCAUACGCUCCACCGCCCGCCCAUACGCUGCACCGCCCGCUCAUAA